CCCCAGCAGCCAUGACUGCAGGAAACGCGUGAGGUACGGCAACCCGCAAUCGGAGCCGUCAGUUUGAGAGAGAUUCUUCGCGGUUCCCUCACGUCUUAAUUUCAAUUUCGGACGUCGGCUUCAUGGCGGAUCCCUAGCAGUUUCCGGGUGAUAAAAAGUUCCUGAAUCUGGUUACGGCAGCUAGGGUUACGAUUCAUGACGACAGCUAGCACAGCCAGUGACGGCUAACUCUUUUUAAGGAAACCGGAUGCGUCCGUCGCACGCCGACCGUGCGUGAGGGCUCCAUUCUGGCGACGACGUUAGGAUCGUGCGACGACGCGUAGCGAGCCGUGCGACGGCGCGUGCGACGCUGGAGAGCGAUGCUGAGCGUGCUGCGAGUGCACCUGCCGUCCGACAUCCCCAUCGCCGGCUGCGAGCUGUGCCCCUACGUGCUGCUGCGCAAGCCCGAUGGCACCAUCACCACGGAAGACAUCCCCGACACCAACCCCAUCGAUGGCUACUACAUCCGCUGCCGCUGGUACCGUGUGCAGAGUGAUAAGAGGGUUGCUGUCUGCUCCGUGCACCCCAACGAGCCGGCCACCCUGCAGUGCCUGGGCUGCGUGAAGGCGAAGCUGCCCAUCGCCCGCAGCUACCACUGCUCGCCGCUCUGCUUCCAGUCCGCCUGGCCACGCCACCGCGCGCUGCACUCGCGCGGGCUAGGCGGCAGCACCCACGGCAGCAGCGACGGGACAAUCCCAGGGGAGAUUAGCGCUGGUGGUGGUGCUGCUGGGGUUGGGGGCGGGCAGAGGCGGGAGAAUGGGGGGGCGGCGGAGGAGGAGGAGCUGUUUGGGAAGUUCAACAGUGGGAAUGGGACCACGGGACUAGCGGGAGGGGGGGCACAGGGGGGGAUGGGGGGAUAUGGGCAGGCGGAGCAGCAGCAGGGGGUGCAGAGGCCCCUGGGCGGGGGAUUCGCGCACAGGCCCCCGCCAGGGGGGGUUGCUCAUCAGUUUGACACUACUGGGGGGGGUUCUAACGCGGGCGGAGGGGCGAGUGGGGGCGAGGUGUGGUUCGAAGUGGGGCGCGGAAAACCCUACACCCCCAGCACAGACGACGUGGGCCAUGUGCUAAAGCUCGAGUGCGUGCCCAUAGAAGCCGCCACAGGCCUCCCAGUGGCUCCCCCGUCCACUCUCCUCACCUCCCGGGUCAUCCCUGCCCCAUCCCCCACGCCCCGUCGCAUGGUGGCGGUUGGGGGGGGAGAGGGGGAAGGGCAGAUGGGGGGCGGAGGGGGGAGAGGGGGGUUCACGCUGCUGUCGUACAAUGUGUUGGCGGACCUGUAUGCGACGAGUGAGAUGUACAGCUACUGCCCGCCCUGGGCGCUCUCAUGGGCGUAUAGAAAACAGAACUUGCUGCGGGAGCUGCUGGGAUAUCGAGCUGAUAUCAUGUGCUUGCAGGAGGUGCAAAGCGACCACUUCGAGGAGUUCUUUGGGCCCGAGCUGGAGAAGCAGGGCUACGCUUCCGUGUUCAAGAAGAAGACGGCGGAGGUGUACACCGGCACGGCAUACGCCAUUGACGGCUGUGCCACCUUCUUCCGCCGGGAUCGGUUCUCCCUGGUCAAGAAAUAUGAGGUGGAGUUCAACAAGGCGGCUCUCUCGCUUUCUGAAGCCCUGGCGCCACCUACCAAGAAGGCUGCUCUCAACCGCCUGCUCAAGGACAAUGUGGCGCUGAUAGUGGUGUUGGAGGCGAGAGACGCGGGGGACGGGAAGGAUGGCGCAUCUGGUGCUCCUGCGAAGAGACAGCUUCUCUGUGUGGCCAACACGCACAUUCAUGCCAACCCGGAGCUCAAAGACGUCAAGCUAUGGCAGGUGCACACGCUGCUCAAGGGCCUUGAGAAGAUCGCAGCUAGUGCCGACAUCCCCAUGCUGGUGGCGGGAGACUUCAAUAGUGUGCCUGGCAGUGCGCCGCACUCUCUCCUUGCUACGGGACGGGUGGAUGCCAACCACCCAGAGCUCGCCACCGACCCACUCGGCAUCUUGCGGCCCGCCUCGAAGCUCUGCCACCAGCUGCCCCUGGUCAGCGCAUACGCCUCUCUGAGCCGUGGGGGCUCCGUGGCGGAGAGGCAGCGGCGGAGAAUGGACGCCAGCAGCAGCGAGCCGCUCUUCACCAAUGUGACGCGCGACUUCAUGGGCACGCUGGACUACGUCUUCUACACCGCCGACUCUCUCUCUGUGGAGUCGCUGCUCGAGCUUCUAGACGAGGACACUGUGCGCAAGGACACCGCUCUACCCUCCCCCGAGUGGUCCUCCGACCAUCUUGCCCUGCUCACAGAGUUCAGAUACAAGCCCAGGAUGCGGCGAUAGAGGAGAAGACUCUGUUACAAACAAAGGACAGGGGGAGAAGACUGUAAAGGGUAUGUUGCAAAGUGGUCAUCUGUCCAUCUUGCUCCACUGACAGUCCAGAUACAAGCCUGGGGUGCAGCGGUAAAGAGGAAGUCUGUAAAGGGUACAGAACUGGGUGGUCACAAAAACACUUCUACUCUUCUGCUAGAUGCAGUUGGAUGGUGGGGCGGUAAAGGGGACGACUAUAAAGGGUACAGCCCAGGGUGGUCACCAGAUCAUCUUGCACCACUGGCAGAGCUGUAAGGUUAGGCAACGAUGCGGCGGUAAACGGAGGGGCUAUACGGGGUACGGGGUGUACCCGCAGAUGUUGGUCGCAUGUUUUCUUCCUAUACUGGACAGAAUAGGUGCAAGCUGAGGGGGAGAGAGGGAAGAAGCAGUAGGGGUGCUGGCUCAUAUGCAUUGGGAGGGGGGGGUCAAUCAAGCAUAUGGAAGAGGAGGCGGCGGGGAGGGAGUAAGCGUAUCGACGCCGCCAUGCCUUAUGAGGAGUCUGAUCGUUGGCAAAGGGAACUCCUAUGUGUGACGCUUGAGUGCUGUGUGGUGGUUCACCCUGUUGGCAUGUGGUGCCAUGUGCCAGUCUAUCCACAUCUGUUUGGGUCGUGCGAAGCCAUGAGCUCUGUUGGACAUCAGGGGGGUAUAAUACACUGGGCAGUGCAAGCAGUGGGGUGGUAUGUUGGGUUUGUGAGGUCCAAUGCUGGUAGGAGCUUGCGUUGACAACAGCAGUACCUAUCAGAACAGUCCGAUAGGGCCGGAUUAGUGUUUCAGCGGGCAAGAGGGGAGAUGCCUUGGCAGCAAACAGGCGCUUAUGACACAGCGGCAGCAUGCGAAGCAGGCAAAGCCACAGCAUCUUCGGGGCAGUGUGUGCAGAAUCAAUUACUGGCACGCAUUGCAUCAGCAGAGACUCACUAAUGACUACCACCACUAUAGCGGUUAAUCCAUUUUGGAGGUGUCUGUUUCCUCCACGAGACGAUGGCAUAUCGAGAUGCUCUCACAAGUCUGAGGGGGGUUUGUUCUGCCUUCUGAGAUACAUAUGUAUACUUGAUCUAUCAUAUAUUUCCAGCUCUCUAAAUCUGUCCUGCCAUGUGUGUAUUUGAAGUGGACUACAUUAGGUAU